AUGGAAGCUCGGUCCCGGGCUAGAGAUGAGAAAGCUGAUGGGUGGAGGCCUAAUGAAAUCGUCUGGAGAAACGUUAUCCUCAUGGCCCUUCUGCACAUCGGGGCGGUAUAUUCCCUCCUUGUUAUCCCCAGAGCGAAGCCCCUUACCUGGGUAUGGUCCUAUGUGUGUUUCAUCGUGACAGCCCUGGGAGUGACAGCAGGGGCCCAUCGGCUGUGGAGCCACCGCUCCUACAGAGCCAAGCUCCCUCUCAGAGUCUUCCUCGCAGCCGCCAACUCCAUGUCCUUCCAGAAUGACAUCUAUGAGUGGGCGAGAGACCACCGUGUGCACCACAAGUUCUCAGAGACAGAUGCAGACCCCCACAAUGCAACACGAGGCUUCUUCUUUGCUCACAUUGGCUGGCUGUUUGUGCGUAAACACCGUGAUGUCAUCGAGAAGGGAAAGAAGCUGGACGUCACUGAUCUCUUGGCUGAUCCCGUCGUCCAGUUUCAGAGAAAGUACUAUAAGACCACGGUCCUGAUAAUGUGCUUCCUGGUUCCCACCGUGGUUCCCUGGUACUUCUGGAGCGAGACGCUAUGGAACUCCUACUUCCUGGCGUCCAUCUUGCGUUACACCGUCUCGCUCAAUGUCACCUGGCUGGUGAACAGCGCCGCCCACAUGUACGGGAACCGACCGUACGACCAGAACAUCAGCCCCCGGGAGAACCGCUGGGUCACCUUCGGAGCCAUCGGUGAAGGUUUCCAUAACUUUCAUCACACAUUCCCCUUUGACUACUCUACCAGUGAGUUCGGGCUGCGUUUCAACCCCACCACAUGCUUCAUCGAUCUCAUGUGCUGGAUGGGCCUGGCCAGCAACCGCAAGAAGGUAUCCGUGGAAAUAAUACAGGCCAGGAAACUAAGGACAGGGGAGGGGAGCUACGGGGCAGUCAACACUAGACAAGAGAAAGAAACAUGA